ACCAAUAUUUGCAUCUGUUCAAAAACUAAAAAUAAACUUGAAAAACAACGCGUCCAUGGCAUAUAAAUUAAUGUGGAUCCUAGUGGAUUGCAUCAGGACGGUUUAAGAAAUUGCCAAAGAAACAAUUAUGUUCAGAAUAACUAGCAGUAUCCUUUUGGUAGCACUAUUGAUUAAUUUCACUUGUGGAUUAGAGCGAUGGGUCAAAAGUGCCGGUGUUGCCAAUUUGGACUGUCCAUUGGACGAUAAUCCAGAUGAACCUACACUUUUAGCAUUCUCCGGAGAUUGUUCAAAAUUCAUUAAGUGUUCUUACGGAUUGGGAUACACUCUAUCAUGUCCUAGAGGUUUACACUUUUCAACUGCUUUGCUACGAUGUGAAGCACCAACAAUUGCCAAGUGCAAUUCAAAUGGAACUCCUUCUAAUCCACAAGUUGGCGGUGGAACAUGCACCUUCAUGUAUAAAUCUCAUCCUACUGACUGUUCAAAGGCUAUUCAAUGCGUAAAUGGAGUUGAAAUAGAAUUAGAUUGUCCUGCAGGUUCAAAGUGGGAUAAAUCUAAUUCCAAAUGUUCUUUUGGUAACGUUGUUUGUUAAAAGUUUUCUACUACAAUAUAUCUUUGGAAAAAAAGUGCCUAACAUGAUUCUGCAACUAUUAUACUUAAAAAUAUACAUAAAUAUAUAAAAUUAA